AUGCAAGAACAAUUCGAGCCCCUCAAGAAUGACCUUCUGCUUCGAGCUGCGCGGGGCGAAACCGUCGAGCGUCCUCCGAUAUGGGUUAUGAGACAAGCUGGGCGAUAUUUACCCGAGUACCACGAGGCUAAAGGUGACCGUGACUUCUUCGAAUGCUGUCGCACGCCGGAAAUCGCGUCCACCCUCACGAUUCAACCCGUUGAGCGGUACGCCGGUCUCAUCGAUGCCGCCAUCAUCUUCUCCGACAUCCUCGUCAUCCCACAGGCGAUGGGAAUGACGGUUGAGAUGGUUGACAAGAAGGGCCCUUCUUUCCCCGAGCCAUUGAAGUCCCCUGAUGACGCCCAAUAUGCGAAAUUGUUGAACAAACAUGUGGAUGUGAAGAAAGAGCUGGACUAUGUCUACAAGGCCAUCACACUUACCAGAUAUAAGCUCAAGGGGCGAGUACCUUUGAUUGGCUUCUGUGGUGCACCCUGGACCCUGCUCUGCUACAUGGUCGAAGGCGGUGGCAGCAAAAUGUUUAUUCAGUCGAAGACGUGGAUCUACAAAUACCCGAACGAAAGCAAGGCUUUGCUACAGAAGAUUGCAGAGAUCUGUGUGGAAUACCUUGUGCUCCAAGUCGCUGCAGGUGCACAGCUGGUUCAGGUCUUCGACUCGUGGGCAGGGGAACUAUCACCAGCGUCCUUUAAGGAAUUUGCACUACCGUAUCUGCGACACAUCUCCAAGCACUUGCCGGAACGGUUGAAAGAGAUGAAUUUGGAGCCGGUACCAAUGACUGUAUUUGCGAAGGGUGCUUGGUAUGCUUUGGACGAUCUCUGCGACUCUGGAUACAAUGUGGUGGGACUCGAUUGGUUGCAUGAUCCCGCCGAGGCAGUGAAGAUCGCCAGGGGACGGGUUACGCUUCAGGGUAAUGCUGAUCCCGGUGUUUUGUACGGUGACCGGGCUGCUAUUACAGCUGCUGUGGAGAAUAUGGUGAAAGGAUUUGGAGGAGGCAAGAAAGGAUGGAUUGCCAAUUUGGGUCAUGGCGUAACUCCGUUCGUCAAUCCGGACGACCUCAAGUUCUUUUUCGAAGAAAUUCAUCGGCUGGCCGGUUCAUGA